UUAAUGAGUAAUCAGUUUCAGUUUCGGUUUCAGUUUACCGACCCGUUCUUGGGAUAACCUAAAAUGUACAAAAUACAAGAUACAAGAAAACAUCUUCAGCGCUCAUUAUCGGAAUACCAUCUUUGCAGGAAAUGGCGACAGAAGUAAAACCGCAAGAACUAUAUAUGGAGAACGUCCAUCUGAAGGAAAAAAAUGCAAAACUGAAACGGUUAAAAGAAAGAAUCGAACGGCAUUCUGACAUUACAAACGAAGGUCCAAGCACAGAUGAAAACAGAGAUGAAAAGGAGCCGUGGCUGCAGUCGUUUUUGAAUGAUAGAGAUACCCGAGUUGUUAUAGAACGAACCCCUACGUGCAGUAAAUUUUGUACACAAUUUGUAUGGAAGACUUUGUUGAAAGUGCUGUUGAUAGUCCUUGUUGCUGUUUGUGUGAUAACUGCAUAUGUGCUGGCAGAAAGAAGACAUGACAGUACACUACAGUCUUUGGUUUCCGCUGUUACAUCGUCGAACAAUUACGGUGGCGUUUUACCUUUUGUCGCUAAUAAUGGUGGAAACACAGUUAAAGACACAUUACGGAAGAAUUACUUAAACAUAGGGUUGCGUCAAGACUUCCAACUUCAGGAGUGUCAAGGGUCAGAACUUAAACAAUCGUUCCCCGAUGUUGAUUACUCUCUGCUUGGCUAUAAUAUAUUGAAAGGCUUCCCGCUUGCUACCGGUCACGAUCCUGGCUUCACAUACCCAAUUUUUCGGCAUGAUUACUCUUCUGGUGGCAUGACCGCCGACUGCCGGUACAGUGUACCUCGUGGCCUUGUGAUUAUCCCGGAUGUCUCGUGCGUAACUUCGUUUUCAUCAACAACAAUACAAACAAAAUACGAGUUUUCAAAGGCAUUGUCAGUUUCCGCUAGUGUAAGUGGAGGUGGCUGGGGAGUGAGUUUUUCUGCUAGUGCAGGCUACAAGCAAUCUUCAUCAGAAGUGUCCACCGGGGAAUCAGUUUACAUUAUAUCGUCUGCUCAUUGUAACUACUACUUUAGUAAGCUGAUAACUGAAGAGGCUCCACAGUUUGACAAUGUCUUUGUCAAAUGGAUUCACAAACUGAAUGAAACGGAUUGGGAUCCUGAACUGUACUUCGAAUUCUUCGAAACAUACGGGACACACUUUCCGACCGAGGUUACAUUUGGCGCAAAAUUUAUCUACGAGCAUAAAAUGUCGUCUUCUAAGUAUGAAAGUGAAAAGAAAAGCGGGGUUAAUGUUGCUGUCCAAGCAAGCUACUCAGGAUUUGUCAGUGUAGGCGGUGGCUUCAAUUUAGAUUCCGAGCAGCGACAGGCGGCGUCCGAAUUCUCGAAAUCAGUUGAAACCAAGACAAUUACUGUUGGCGCUGCUCCGCCUGCUAACGGCGAUGCCAUGACAUGGGCGUCAGAGGUUAAAACUAGUCCAGUGCCGACAACAUAUAAAUUAUCAUCGAUUGAACUUUUGUUUACUGACAGAUACAUGGGAAAAAUGAACAUCGACUACGAACGUAUUCGUAACAAUAUAGACACUAAGAAACAUGAAUAUUGUCUAUAUCUUCGGAGACAAGGGAAAGUUGAGUCAUGUGAUAGUUUAGUUGCCGGAGUUGAGCUAGCAAAAACCAGAUUAUUCGAUCAUUACAAAGAAAUGCAGAUUGCUCUGAGUUCGGAAUGUAUCGAAAAAUGUCUGGAAGAUGUAGAGUGUGUUGCAGUGACAAUUUGCAUUACUUGCGAUAGUAGCAAUUAUGCUUUCAAUACUUGCUAUAUGUACACAGAAAGAGGAUACUCGACUACAGCAGAGAGAACCGAAACAGAAAACGCAGUUUGGCAAAGCAAUAUAUUUCCUGAGAAAAUGAAAUUUCAGAUUGAAUUUAGCGACACAACAGUUGUCGGCGUUCCACGUGGAUUUGAAAAGGAUGAAGACAAAACUGCAAACCAGAGCAAAUGCCACGAGCUUUGCAUCAAGGACGCCCACUGCGUUGCGUAUACGCACUGUGACUGUCCGAGCAAAAUAAUAAAGUGCAACAUGUAUAGCAAGGAGAGAAUAUCGGGGUUGGAAAAGGAGUCUGGCACGAAAGCAUUUUUCAUUUCAAGCCGUCAUGUUACAACAACUACACCGGUACCACCAACAACAACUACACCGGUACCAAAAACAACAACAAAUUCAUCACAGGACAGCAACAAAUGAAUGAUCUUAAAUUGACAAUUAAUUUUUGCUCAUGUGUAAAUAAUUUAUUUCUAAUGAACAAUGAUUAGUUUAGAGUUUUCCGUGUUUUCGCCGGUAUAUUGAUUACGAAUUCACUAAACCAUGUCGUGUCUAAGAAUGAUUGAUCUUGAAGGGGUAUAGCAGAUGUAGAAUACAAAUGUAAACAUUUGUAUAAUAUAUUCAUACUUUAGCAACAAAUA